AUGAAUUAUUCAAAUGUGGACAAUAAUAAUAAUAAUCAAGUGUGGACACGUUAUGAAAACAAGAUGUUUGAAAAUGCUUUAGCUGAGUUAGAUGUUAGCUCUCCUAGUUUAUUUGAAAAAAUAAUGGCUAAAAUGCCAUGGAAAUCUCUUGAACAAAUCAAGAGCCAUUAUGAAAAACUUAUUGCUGAUAUUGCGAUGAUUGAGAUGGGUGAAUUUUGUUUCCCAAAUGGAGCUGAUGUUGAUAAGAAACGUAAGGGUGCACCGUGGACAGAUGAAGAGCAUAGGUUAUUUCUGAUAGGACUAGACAAGUUAGGGAAAGGAGAAUGGAAGAACAUAUCAAUGUAUUAUGUCCCAACUAAGACACCAUCCCAAGUAGCAAGCCAUGGGCAGAAGUAUUUCAGGCGUCUCAAGUGUUGUACCCCUGUUGAAAAACGUCGUUACAGCAUCCACGACAUUCGUAUUCUAAACUCCUCCAUUGUCGAAACCUCAGCAAGGAAUCCCAAUCGCCAUUCUGUAAUUACACAUAUCCCUCAACAUCAUAAUCAACCAACUCACAACAAUAAGCAGGAUGAUUAUUGUUUAAGUGCCGAAGCGACAACUUUAACAAGCAGCAGCAGCAGCAGCAGCAACAACAACAACAACAACUCAUCACAAAUGAUUAUGGGGAAUGAUUUGGGUUAUUAUGAUCAAUGUGCUAAUUUUGAUGAGUUAUUUUCAGCACCAUAUGAUUGGUUUCCUCAAGGAACUCAUCAUAUGCCCUUUUAA